AUGAGGUUUGAUACUCAAGCACCAGGAACCGGUGCAGCAGAGGAAAGCGUCAGCGGCAGCUAUGAAGACGAAGCAUCUGGCGGUGCCACUGCAGCAGCUCCGGGAGCAGCAGCAGAUGACAAGGAUGACGACUGCGACAGCAAAUUCGGCCAUCGAGCUGCUGGAAAAGAAUGUGAGGAACAUAGAGCGGAAAGGCCGGGGCGUGCGAGAUGGAUGGGGCCGCUGGCUGGUCUCUUGGAAACUGCCGGCAAGAAAAUAUCUCGCACAUACGCAAAAGCUAAUGCGGCAGCAAAUCCAACAGUAGGAGGAGUAGCAGAAGUACGACAAGAGCUACUGAAGCUUGAGGAAUCCAUGGGUAACCUCUGCUCUCCACAUAGAGAACCAUUUCGAGCUAAGGUCGAGGCAGACUGUAAUCUACGCGGCAUUGGUACGGUGACCUUGCAUAUUGAGAUUGUGGAGGUAUCUACACGCGAUUUGUUGGCACUAAGGGAGGAGCUGAGCGUCGCGGUUACGCAUUACGCGCGACCGAUACGGUUGCGCAACGGCCGUACAGAGUCUUAUUUUAUCAUGCUAGAAAAGCCGGCAGUUUCAGCCUCCACAGGAAAAGUUUCUUUGGAGCUAUUUGGUGAUCCUUCAGCGUGCCAUUUUCGGAUCAAGGCAGAUCCGAAGGAUAGCACCGACCGCGGCGGUGAACAAGGAGAGCCGAAAAAAAAUGCAGCGCUUCGGGCAGGCAGUCGUUCCAGCGGCUUUUCUGCGAAUGAUCUCGUUGACCCAGGGCGAACUGUUCAGGCUACAGUUGGAGACGCUGCGACACCUGCUGCAUCAGGUGUAGUAACUGCAGUAACCAGCGAAGGCACAAAGAAUGAAGCGUUGGAAGAGACAGGCUCUCCCAAAGGAGCGCCUCAAGCCUUGCAUAAAGGCGAUAUUAAUCUCUCAUUACAGGGAAGACCGUAA